GGAAAGAGAAAUCUACACCUUAGUCUGUAGCAGUAGAUGAUAGAUUAUUUAACUCCAUUUAAACUUAUAUACAUCUUUUAAAAUGUUUUUAAAUUUAGACCUGUAUGUGUGGGCAGGUUCUUUGCAUGCCUGUGAAUGCGUAUACAGAGGAUGGAAUUCAACCUUUAGUGUGGUCCCUCAGGUGUGUCCACCACGCUUUUGGAGAUAUUUGUCACUGGGACCUGGGCUCACUGAUUAGGUUAGGCUGCAAGCCAGUGAGCCCCAGGAAUCUGCCAGUCCGUUCAGCCUUCACACUUUCAUUACAAGUGUGUGGCACCACACCCAGACUUUUUGUCUCUGUUUUUCAAGACAUGGUUUCUCUGUGUAGCUCUGGCUGUCCUGGAAUUCUCUCUGUAGACCAGGCUGGUUUUGAAUGAGACCCACCUGCCUCUGCCUUCUGAAUGCUAGGAUUAAAGGCGUGCAUUGCCACAUCUGGCUUCAUACCCAGCCUCCUCUAUGCUGGGGAACAGACCCAGGCCCUUAUGCUUGUGUAGCAAGCACUUGGCACCAAGUGAGCUAUCUCUCCAACAUUUUCAUAUAUAUAUAUGUAUAUUUCUGAUUCCCCCCCACCCCAGCUUAGACUCCAGUACAGUAAUAUAACAAACAAUGGGAUGGCCUUACUUAGGGCCACCACGCUUGCUUCAGUGUGAAUUCGCCUUUCCUGUCCUUUUAUCUGUCCCAUCUGCUUCCUGGCUACCUGUGCUUUCAAGCUCUAGAAAACUUGCUUUCCCAGGUUCCCUUGAGGUCCUUGGUUACAUACUUAGUUUUUUAUUUUUCCUUCUAAUUCUUUUUUUUUUCUUAUGUAGUUGAACGCAGGACCUUGUAUAUGCUAGAUAAGUGUCUACACUGAGCUAAAUCUGCAAUCCCAGUUUGCAUAUGAUUAGACAGUUUGCCUUUGCACCUUGACCCAUUCCUCACCCUGCUCCACUCUGCUCUUUAGAGAGGCUGACCUUGAAAAACAGUUCACCUGGGCUCUAUUGGUCUUAGGUGUCCUUUUGGGUUCAAACAGUGUGAGAUACUAUAGGAGAGUUGAAAGAAAGCAAGUAUGUGUGCCUCUAAGAUCUUGUUGGUUCUUCCUCCCUUAGAGCUAACACCGCAUUGGUAACCAUCUCAUGUCUUUGGCCUUUCAGGCUGAUGAAUGAUAGUGGCUUCCUCACAGACUUAGGGCGGUUCACAACUUCUUGUCAGUUUCCCUAUCUUUGUACAUUGUUUCUCUUCAGUUACACAGUUUGAGUGGUCCUUCUGUUUCCUGCUGCUCUUAGCUGAUACAAAAGCAGAAAAUAUACAUUUUUAUUUUGUUAAGAAAAACAGUUUUAUAGUAUGUAGUUCAAUAGUUCUAGAAACACUAGAGAAGUGUAUCUUUUUGUAAUCAAAUGUUUCCAAGUCACCCUCUUCUCUGUGUUAUACAAUGUUGCACACACCAGUUACUUAACCAUUUACUAUGUUUACAAUUUAUCACAAAUAAGAUUAUAGUAAACAUUGUUGUGCAUAUAGGCUUUUGUGUGGUUUUUGAGAUGGGUUCUUCUUUGUAGCCACCGCUGUCCUGAACUUGCUCUGUAGAUCAGGCUGGCCUAGAACUCAUAAAGAUCUCCUGCCUCUGCCUCCCAAAUUCUGGGAUUAAAGGCCUGUACCACCACUGCCCAGCUUGGAACCUACAUUUUUACUAAAGCUCUUUGAAUUACUUUUAAAAGAUUAUUAUUCUAAUUUACCUUGCCAUAACUUUUUCUGAAUGUAGCCAUUGCAGCAUGGAUGAGUACUGAAAAGUACAUCUACAUUUUGCUAAUGUACUAGGUAAUCUUCUCAUUUGAAGAGUGUGGGUAUCACUUUCUGGUUUUGUGACAUAAUCUCAAUAUGUAGUUCUGGCUAGUCUGAAACUUUCUCAAACUUGUGGAGCUUUUCCUGCUUCCAAUUUUCAAGUGCCAGCAGGGUUACAGGGGUGUGCAAGCACAGCUUAUUUGACUUCUCUGAUAGUUACCCCAGUCCUAAAAUAUUUAAAGUCUUGGGAUGCUAAGUAUGCAUGAAGCCUUGGGAGACCCUAGGUUCAAUCACCAGUACUACAGAAAGAAGGACGGGAGGUAGGGAGAAAGGAUCAGGAGGCUGAGGAGGAAAGUGGAAGUUUAAGAUCAGCUUGAACUGUACCUAGACUUCCUCAAAAACAAAAUUCAAGGCACUGGGAAUAUAGCUCAGCUAGUACAACUCUUACCUACCACCUAUGAGUCCUUGAGUUUGGUCCCCAACACUGCAUAAAUUGGGUGUGGUGGUACAUACUUGUAAUCUUAGCUUUGGGGGGAAAGGGAAGAUGAUCAGGAGUUCAAAGCCAGGCUGGGCUCUGGAGUUAGGUUCCAGGACAGCCUGAGAGCAAAGACAGAAAUCAAAUAGUGAGUGGAAAGAACACUCAGUAGAGGAAUGACUCAGCAGUUAAUAGUACCUGCUGCUCCUUCAGAGGAACCAAGUUCAGUUCUCCAACUGGUUCCAAGGAUCUACAUCAGGACGCUCACAACCACCUACAACUCUCAGCUUCAGGGUUAUCUAGUAGCCCAUGUCUCUAUAUACUAUCUUCUGGAAUCCUGAGGUCAGCUAUGCAAAUAUGCCAUAUACUCACACAAACACAUAAAGAAAAUCUUAAAAUUUAACCAAAAAAGAAGUCAUUUUUGUACCCUAGUUUAAAGUGUAUGCUUCUUUCUUUUUUUAGCUCUUUGGUAAUUUUCUCUCUACACAAAACUCUAUAGUGAAAAAAAUUAUAGUUAAUAAUCAGAGAAACAAUGCCCAGUUUUCAUUGUAUAAAGAAAUAGGAUACACUGUUCUCCCUGCCUCAUUGUUCUGGAUCAACCAAACAUCUAAUUAUUAGGAAGAAAGGGCCAAAACCUGCAACAUCGUUGAGUAAGAGACAAUGGGAAAGUCCACUUUAAACUGUAUUGCCAGCACAGUUCAAGCUCCAGUGGUUCAUUCAGGUCUGUGAGGUUUAGCGUUCAGCCUGAUUCACUUGUGCUUCAGUGCCCCCGACCUUCCAGACAGGCUCUCCUACUGUUCUAGAGUCCUGGGCUCUGGCCACACAGCUCUCUUGCUGGGUAUGCUGAGUAUUUAUACUAUAUGUUCCCUUUACCUGGGAUAGUCUCCUAACCUUGGCCAUUUUUGAUAAAGUCUUACAAACACUUCAAAGAUUUAAUUUCAAUACCCUUUUUGAAAUCUGAAUUCUUUGAAGCCUUACAAAUUCAUAUACUCAGUUAUAUGCAUGUGCAAUAUCUGUAUGUAUAACUGGACACAUUCACGUGUGUAUGGUGUGUGAUAACGUGGGCAAGUUUAUAACAUGGUAUGCAUGUGGGGGUCAGAGGACAACCUCAGGUACUGUUCCCUCACCACCCUUCCUCAUUUGAAAUGGGAUCCCUUGUAGGUUUUCUCCUGUUUACCAGGGUAGUUGGCCCCGGAGCUUUCAAGGAUUCUCUUUGCUCAGCCUCUCACCUCCCCACAGGAUGGUUAGGAUUACAAAUAUUCAGCCUGUGUGCCUGGAUUGUGGGAAGUCAAACUCAAGUCUUCAUACUUGUACUCACCUUUAUCUCCUGAGCCAGCUCAUUGCCCCUCGACAUGGUCUUUACUCAGUUAUUUUAAAGACUUAGUGGUUUUUUGAGAAGGGUUUCUCUGUGUAGCCAUAAAUCUGGAACUCACUCUGUGGACCAACUCAGAGAUCCACCUGCCUCUGCUUCCUGGGUGCUGGGAUUAAAGGCAUGGGCCACUAUUGCUUGGCUAAGAUUAAUUUUAAUUCUAUCUAUCUAUCUAUCUAUCUAUCUAUCUAUCUAUCUAUCUAUGCACACAAACACCAGUGCCCAAAAAGGCCAAGAGCAAGCUUCUUGACCUGAAUGUUGGGAAUCAAACUCAGGACUUGUGCAAGAGCAGCGGAGUCAUCUCCAGCCCCUCAACAUUUUUUUUAAAAAGAUUUAUUUUAUGUAUAUGAGUACACUGUAGCUGUCUUCAGACACACCAGAAGAGGGCAUUAGAUUCCAUUACAGAUGGCUGUAAGCCACCAUGUGGUUGUUGGGAAUUGAACUGAGGACCUCUGGAAGAGCAGUCAGUGCUCUUAACCACUGAGCCAUCCCUCCAGCCCCAACCUUCAACAUGGUUUAAUGGCUAUAAAUAAACUCUAAUUUAUUUAACAGUUUGUAAUUUGAGGCAUUUUGUUCACAGGUACAGUGCAUUAUUGGGGUGGAGGAGGGAUAAAUGGAGUGAUAUCAGGGAAUGGAGACAAAUUUUCUGAAAGGAAAAGGGCUUUUUAAAAAAAAAAAAAAACAACAAAAGUUUAGGGAUAGGGCUGGUAAGAUGGCUCAGUGGGCAAGGAUUCUUGCUGUCAAGUCUUGUGACUCGAGUUCAAUCUUUGGCACUCCAAUGUUGGAAGCAGGACACUGGCUCUCCCGAGCUGCUGUCUAACUUCCACUCACACACAGGAAUGCACACAAAACAAACAAGUUGGGACUACAAAUUUUUAGGGGAAAAAUGCUUCACAAAUUUCUACUGAUACCAGCUAUGCUUGAGUAUGCCAUUUUCUCUAUUAAAUGGUAUAGCUUUUGUUCUUGUUUGUUUGGGAGGCUGCAGCGGGGCAAGGUCUCCUAUAAGCUCAAGCUGGUCUCAAAGUGGAGCCUUAAAAUCCUGAUUAUCCUGUCUUCUAUCUCAGGGGCAGAAUGCUGAGAUUACAGGGAUCCCUGCCACCGUGGUAUGGGAGUUUGAACCAACUGUAGCUAAGGUUUAAAGACAGAAUUUACCUGCCUAUGAAUACUAUCUAGGGUCAUCCUGGUAGCUCAUCUGUGGAAACGUGCAUGCUUCCCCAACUUAAAAGUCCUGCUGGGUAUAGUGGCGCAGUGCAUACCUUCAAUCCUAGCACCUCAAAAGUAGAGGUAGGCGGGUAUCAUGAGUUGAAGGCAACUUGGUCUACAGAGCGGAGUCUUAGGUCAGCCAGGGCUACACAGAGAAACCCUGCCUCAAAUAAAUAAAAUCCUUCCUUUCUUGGCUUUUAAGACAGUGUAAUCCCAGCUGGUCUUGAACUCAAGAUCUUUUUGCCUCGUUUUCCCAAGAGCUGGGAUUACACACAUGCACUACCACACGGGACACAUAUUUCUAUCUUUAUUCACCCUUAAGACUUGUUGGACAAAACGCCUUUUCCUUGGACUUCCUCCUUCCCAUCUUUUCUGGGAUAUAAACUAUAAAUUAUUCUAUCUACCUUUGGCUCCUUUACUUGAGCUCUCACUCUCUUUGAAAUUGGAAAAAAAAGAAACUUUUUUUUUUUACUCCUCCUUAAGUCUGAGGCCUAGUUUUCCCUCCCAAACUUCUGGAAAGAAUCAUUUCUCUUAACUGCCUUCAUUACUUCAUCGCUAACAAACUCCUCAUCCAAGUGUUCUGUUCUGUCAAGUCCUGGCACUCAGCAAACUCAGUACCCAGCUAAAUGUCAGUUCCGGCCCUUUUGCAAAGUGUGGGCUCUUUCCUGGUUUCCUGGUGGUCUUCAGAAGGAAUUUGUUCAUGCUUAGCAAUCUUGCCUGGCAGCCAGAACAGCUCCCACAGUCCGACCUUGCUGCCUUAAUACUGCGUGCACAGCUAAUCCAGGUUCUUGGAAAGUCCUGCGGGUCAACCUCGUAAUUUUUUGUCCGCCUCCCCGAGUUCUUGCCCUGCAGUCAUAGCUUCCCUGAUGAACCCCGAAUUGCCAGUCCACCCUGAGAGGUUAUCAGUCUCCCGCCCCCAUUCUACUCUCCGAGCGUCCCUUGGCUCCCCCAGAGUCUGAGCGCCCGGCGCCUGCAAGCAAGUCCUUAGAGCCUGCGAUGAUCAGCCAUUUAAGGCGCACCUGAGUGCCCCGGCCCACUCCACUCCUGCUUCCUUUCACUCAACAGUGGUGAUUAGGCCCGGCUCGCCCAAGUCUAAGCGAAGACAUUAUCCGAGCUCUUGAGGCGCUCGGCGUCCCGUCGGCCCGCAGUCUCGAAGGCACAACUCGUUCCUCAGGCGGGCGGCCUGGGCCGCACCGAGGCCUCAGAGGCGCGUCAGCGCUUCACAGCGAGAGAGGCCGCGCUGACGGCGGCGGGAGCCAGCCCAGGUCGGAGUCCCGGUCGAGCUCAGCGCCGCGCCGUCCUCCCCACCCCCUCCCCGCAGUCAGCGUCGCCAGGGUCGCGCCAGCCUAAGGCGGGAGGCGGAAGGCACAGAGCGGCGCUGGGCCAGGCCGGGCCGGGCCGGGCCGGGGCAGCUCCUCAGCCGCACUGCCCUGGCCGGUGCCCAGGCCCGAGUCGCCUUCCGCCCGCCCUUCCCACCCGCGGCCUCAGCCAGGUCCCGCCGCCAGCCCGGCUCCCGCCCCCGCUCCGCCCCCGGAGCCGCAGCCCCGCCCGCCACCGCCGUCGCCAUGUUGUGGCUCCCGCAGCCGGCGCUGGGGACGCGCGCGGCCGAGCCCCGGGCCUGCCUCUGCGGCCGCCGCCGCCAGGUGGUGAUUGGACUCUAGACGAUGUGCGUAGGUAGUUUGUCCUUUCUCCGCAGCUAUACUUCCCCAGCAACGCUCACCACACCCUUGUUUUGAGAACCUCACUAAGCACUUGCCAGCAUCCAGCCAUGGGGGAUAUGAAAACCCCAGAUUUUGAUGAUCUUCUGGCGGCCUUUGACAUCCCAGAUCCCACAAGUCUUGAUGCAAAGGAGGCCAUCCAGACUCCUAGUGAGGAGAAUGAGAGUCCCCUGAAGUCCUCAGGCAUGUGCAUGGAUGAGAAUGUGUCCUUGUCUCACUCAGGAUCAGUCCCAGAUGUGCCGGCUGUGAGUGUCAUUGUCAAGAACACCAGCCGCCAAGAGUCAUUUGAAGCAGAGAAAGACCACAUUACUCCCAGUCUCCUACAUAAUGGAUUCCGGGGUUCAGACCUGCCCCCAGACUCCCACCAUUGUGGAAAGUUUGAUUCUACUUUUAUAAAUGGAGACAGUGCUAGGAGUUUCACGAGUAAGCUAGAGCCUUCCAAGUCGGAGCCAUUACCCACCUUCAACCAGUUCAGCCCAAUCUCUAGCCCAGAACCUGAGGAUCCUGUCAAAGAUAAUGGGUUUGGGAUAAAGUCCAAGCACUCUGACAGUUAUUUCCCACCUCCUCCUGGGACUGUGGGAGGCCCAGUCCUGGAAGCUCUGGCAAAGUUCCCAGUCCCAGAGCUACACAUGUUUGAUCACUUUUGUAAGAAAGAACCCAAACCAGAACCCUUGCCUUUAGAGAGCCAGCAGGAGCAUGAACAGGGUGGGCAGAAGGUGGUGGAGCCUCACAAAGAUCUGGAUUCCAGUCGGUUCUUUGGGGAAGCUUUAGAGUUCAAUAGUCACCCUAGCAACAGUAUUGGAGAGCCCAAGAAGCUUGUUCCAGAGCUUAGUGCUUGCUCCUCUGUCCCCCCUAGGCAGCGUCUGAAACCAGCUCAUUCCAAGCUAUCCUCUUGUGUUGCAGCCUUGGUGGCCUUACAGGCCAAAAGGGUGGCCAAUGUCACCAAGGAGGAUCAGCCUGGUCACAUAAAGGAUUCCUCAGGGCCCACUAAAGAGGGUUCUAAAGGCAGCCCCAAAAUGCCCAAGUCACCAAAGAGUCCCCGGAGCCCUCUAGAGGCCACUAGAAAAAAUAUCAAGCCAUCAGAUAGCCCUCGGAGCAUCUGCAGUGACAGCAGCAGCAAAGGGUCCCCUUCUGUGGCUGCCAGCUCCCCACCAGCAAUUCCCAAAGUCAGAAUCAAAACAAUUAAGACAUCAUCAGGGGAAAUCAAACGGACUGUUACAAGGGUCCUGCCAGACCCUGAUGACCCAAGUGAGUCACCUGCAGGGGGCACAAGUGCUGAGGUUCCAAGUGAGGUGCCAGGGGAUGAAGGUUCAGCCAUGCCUGUGGAAGAGCACUUUUCUGAGGCAGGCAUAGAUUCAGGGAGCCCCCAGGGUGACAGAAAAGGGGGUGAGAAUAUGAUCAACAAGACCAGUGACUCUUUGUCUCCCUGCCGCACCUCUGGGCCCCGGGUCCCAAAAGGAUCUGCCCUGAACUCACAGGCAAGCAAGAAGCAACAGAGCACAGCACUUCAGGCAUCAACUCCGGCCCCUGCCAGUCUCUUGCCGAAAGCUGUGCACUUGGCCAACUUGAACCUGGUCCCCCACAGUGUUGCUGCUUCUGUGACUGCCAAGUCUUCAGCACAGAGACGGAGCCAGCCUCAGGUCACGCAAAUGACAGUGCCCCUGGUCCACCAGGUGAAAAAGGCCGCCCCUCUAAUUGUGGAGGUCUUCAACAAGGUCCUUCACAGCUCUAACCCUGUGCCCCUCUAUGCGCCAAAUCUCAGCCCACCCGCAGACAGCAGAAUCCAUGUGCCGGCCAGUGGGUACUGCUGCCUGGAGUGUGGAGACGCGUUUGCCUUAGAGAAGAGCCUGAGCCAGCACUACAGCCGGCGGAGUGUCCACAUCGAGGUGCUGUGCACACUGUGCUCUAAGACACUGCUCUUCUUCAACAAGUGCAGCCUGCUUCGGCAUGCCCGUGACCACAAGAGCAAGGGACUCGUCAUGCAGUGUUCUCAGCUGCUUGUGAAGCCCAUCUCUGCGGACCAGAUGUUUGUGGCGGCUCCUGUGAACUCCACUGCACCAGCAACCCCAGCUGCUUCUUCCUCCCCCAAACCCAGCCCCACUUUGGACAAUGCCAGCCCUGUAAUUCCAGCCUUGCCACUUUACCCAGACCCAGUGAGGCUCAUCCGGUAUGGAACCAAAUGUCCUGAAUGUCACAAGCAGAUGAGAGAUUAUAUGGUCCUGGCUACACAUUUCCAGAGGACAACAGAGGAAACCGAGGGGCUAACUUGCCAGGUAUGCCAGAUGCUGCUGCCCAACCAAUGUAGUUUCUGUGCACACCAGCGGAUCCAUGCACACAAGUCCCCCUACUGCUGCCCGGAGUGUGGUGUCCUCUGUCGCUCUGCUUACUUCCAGACUCAUGUAAAGGAGAAUUGCCUGCACUAUGCCCGAAAAGUGGGCUACAGGUGCAUCCACUGUGGUGUCAUCCACCUGACUUUGGCCUUGCUGAAAAGCCACAUCCAGGAGCGACACUGCCAGGUUUUCCACAAAUGUGCAUUCUGCCCCAUGGCCUUCAAGACUGCCAGUAGUACGAUGGACCACAGUACCACCCAGCACCCCACCCAGCCCCACAAACCCUCCCAGCUAAUUUAUAAGUGCUCCUGUGAAAUGAUCUUCAAUAAGAAGAGGCACAUUCAACAACAUUUUUACCAGAAUGUCAGCAAGACACAGGCGGCGGUCUUCAAGUGCCCUGAGUGCCCACUCCUGUUUCUGCAGAAGCCAGAAUUAAUGCAGCACGUCAAGAAUACCCACGGUGUUCCCCGGAAUGUGGAGGAACUGUCAAGCCUCCAGUCUUCAACAGACACAUCUUCUAACCGCCCUGGUUCUCGAGCUCCCACUGAGCCCCCAGCUACAAAUGUAGCCACUAGAGGCAGCUCCCUGACUGCUGGCCGUUGGGGCCGGCCGGACGCUCACCGCAGGGCUGAAGCAAGGCCCCGGAUGAGGAACACUGGUUGGACCUGCCAGGAGUGCCAGGAGUGGGUUCCGGAUCGAGAGAGCUAUGUAUCCCACAUGAAAAAGAGCCAUGGUCGGACACUGAGGCGGUACCCAUGCCGGCAGUGUGAACAGUCCUUCCACAACCCUAGCAGCCUGCGCAAACACAUUCGCAACAACCAUGACACAGUAAAGAAGGUCUACACUUGUGGGUACUGCAGUGAGGAUAGCCCCAGCUUUCCUCGGCCCUCCCUCCUGGAGAGCCACAUCAGCCUUAUGCACGGUAUCAGAAACCCUGAUUUGAGCCAGACGUCCAAAGUCAAACAUGCAGGUGGACAUUCCCCUCAGGUGAACCAUCUGAAAAGACCUGUCAGCAGAAUGGCAGAUGCUCCAGGCACGAGCAAUGGUGCGACUGCUUCCUCCACCAAGAGGCACAAGCCCCUGUUUCAGUGUGCAAGGUGCACCUUCUCCACAGACUCGGAGCUGGAGUUCCAGAGCCACAUACCUCAGCACCAAGUGGACAGCUCCACAGCCCAGUGUCCCCUCUGUGGCCUGUGCUACACAUCUGCCCGCUCCCUCAGCCGCCACCUGUUCAUAGUCCACAAAGUGAGGGGCCAAGAAGAGGGUGGGGAAGAAAUCGUGCAGGUGAAGGUGGAAGCCACAGACCCAGAGGCAUGCUCUGGAGAGGAGGUGGCUGUGAAGACUGGAGAGAAUGGACUGGAAGAAUGUGUCAGUGAGCCUUUGGUGGCUGACAUAGAGCCAAGGAGGUCACUAGGCCUGGCUGUGGAUGAAGACAGUGCCCAAGACCCUCAGAAUCAACCACAGGCCUCUCAGGACCAGAACAGCCAUGCACUAUCUCCUCAGGUGUGACCAGAGGCUCCGGAGCCAUCAGGCAGGCUGUGGCACCCUGCACCUGCUGUGCAGACUGUGGGAAAUAAAGGCUCUACCCAGUGUUUGUGUGGCCACUGUGCUCUGGAGCAGUGUCUGUUCUGAGCUGUGGGUUCUGGAUGUCCCCAGCCCCAGAAAAUGUGGGGCCACCGAGAAUUCCUCACAGCUCUGAAUUUGCUUCUGUUAUUUAUGGCUUAAUGCUGCUUCUUGAUACCCCAAUUCUCAUCCAUGUCCUUCCAGCCCCAGGCUACUUAGGUAGUGCAGCCCCAAUGCUGUCAACUCAGCUUGCAACCCCUCAGUAGCUGUGCUCUGGGCUCCCUACCUGCUGUGUUCAUCUGGAGACACCUCAGAGCUCUCCUUCUUGCCUUCAGAGCCCAAGAAGGAAGGGAAUGAAGGGUGCUGGCCAUUCCUCUGGGAACUCUCCCCAGCCUGGCUUGGUGAGGUCCCUUGCUCACCCUUUCCCUCCUGUCUUCUUUUUCUGAUUCUUCCCCCCAGAAACAUCCCGAGGACUUCACCUGUCACUCUGACCAUGUCUCUGUGGGUGGGAGAAAUGGCAGUACACUCCUGUUUGGACCUGAGAGAAGCACGAAAUAUGGCCAAGGCAGGCAGGUGCCAAGAGCCAGAUCCUCUUUGGGGCUGUGGUGGGUCUUCCUUCUGCUGCUGUCCUACAAUCCCUGGCAGGUGGGGUGUGGGGCACACAGACAUUGGGGUAUUUGUAUUUUUUUGUUCCUGUGCCAUUAGAUGCUGCUGCCUCAGGCAGGCCAGCCCCUCCUCCUCUCGGCUACAUCUUGUUGCUCAGACUAUAUUUCAAUAAAAAAAAUCUUCUUACCAUGCAGGUAGGCUCUUGUAUUCCUCUUCUGGUAAGCUAGCGCUUCCCUGAUCCACCUGAGACUCUUCCCAGACAGUCCUGACUACCCCAUCUGAAGGAAAACAGCAUUUCCUGCUGCCCAUGGGAGCUCUGGGUUCUGGAGCUUUUGCUUGGAAAACCAGGAGUCCUAUAUAUACAUCUUGGUUCUCUGAAGAGUUCUAAAGGAGCAGGGUGGUGGUGGGGGUGUCAGUACUGGCCAAGAGCCACUCCAAGGUCUCUGGCCUGGCAGCAUUAGCCUUAAGGUCUAUUGAUAUUCUCUGGGCAUCUUUCCAUCAAAGGGUUUUCAACCCGAGAGAUUCUUGGUGAGAGAUUAAGAGAAGGGAUUCUGUGACAUUCAUACAACAUUCAGAGACUGCUAUUGCCACAGCAAAUCCAGACUUGGUAGAAUUGGGAUUAGAUGAGAUUAGGCUUGUCCAAGUACAAGGGACAAGCUGUGGGAAGGUGUUCUUGGACCCAAUAGGCCUGGGUUAGGCCCUGUAGCACAGGGAAGCUUGGCUGAGUUCCUCGCUUGAUCUUUCAAGGGAGGCAUGAAUACCAAUUAGGAAUCAAGUUGGAUAAAUAUGCAUGACCUUUUCACAAUUGAAGACUUUUUUCCUUGCUCUAGCAAAUGCCAAAUUUUUCGUGAAAGGCUAAUGGCAGUGGGAAAAGUUAGUGCUUGCCUCAGUUGCAGAGCGGCUCUACUGUACACACCAUUUUAAUGAGCAUUCUUCCUGGCCAGUCCUCCACUUCCCUGCUUCCCAGCUGGCAGUGAAGGAAAACAAGCCCUGCUGAGCAGGUCCCAAGCCAGCCACUGUCCCUCUCCCAGUUCCUUCACAUACCCUGCAUUCUCUUCAGAUCCUUCAACCUUCACCUCAUGCUAAUCUCCCAGUUUUGGGAGCCUCUGCACCCCAGAUCAUUCUUAAGGGGCUGAAGAGAGGACUUUGAGCUGUAUUUCUGCAUUUCUUCCCACUCAGAAACCAUGGGAGCUGCUGGAACAAAGAAGGUGGAGAAACUAAGGGUAGAAUAGCUGGCCUCAUAUCAGAUGCAGCCUCUUGGAGUAGUAGAAUAGGACCUGCUAUGGGAAGCCUGAGCCAUGAGCUGGGUUCUUGCUGCCCUCAACCAGUUCCUAGCACCCCUCAUCCUCAUGGGCUCCUCUCAUUCAAAGCAGAAUUAGGAAUCCCUAUCCAGCUCCUUCAAGACUUUCGUGAGGUCACGAGUGUGCAAGCACUGUAGUUUCCAGGCUACCACGUGGACAGGGGGUUCUGUGCUUGUGGACCGGGGGCACAGGGAGAUGGAGCACAUCUCACUGGAGGUGGGGUUCAGUUAGGAAUCGGCCAGUCUGCUUAUCUAUUAUUCAGUGAUGGUGAAGAUCACGUCUCCAGCCCUGCUUCUGUCAGGCAUCUUGUUUAACUCUUUUACUUAAUCCUCACAAGGCUCUCAGCUACCCUUCUAUUUUACAGAGGCAAAACCAAACAACAACAAAAACGGUCUUAGGUUAGAACGCUGGGCUACCUGGGAUGAUGGUGCUGAGUCAAACCUGUGCUGCCUUAGUGACAGGGCUGCUCUGGCUGCUGCCAGCCUGUCAGCAGUGUGGAGCCACCCAAAGCCCACCCCUCUAGUUUCCAAAAAGGCAGGGUGCCCCUUAAUGCCAGAUCCUCCAGUGCCUUGUCACCCCAAGGAGAGCCCUGCGUUUGCACAUGCGGUGUCCUUGAUGUUGGCUCUCACUGGGGUUUCCUUUCCAUCUGAAGACCCACCAUCUCUAGAAGAGGUUACCUAACUUCUGGGACACACACGGUUCCCUCAGAGUAUCUCCUGAUUGCUCAUGACAGUUUUUUAGUGCACUAUUUGUCAUCUGAGGAUGCUUGCUGUAACCCCUGCAGCGGAUGCUCUCCUGACCAAGCUAGAUGAGAUUUGCUACCCUCUAGAAACUACCAUCUGGAUACCCUGAGGCUUGACAAAUGACUAGUAUUUACUCUUUAACUGCUUUGUCUCUGUAAAACUAUAUGCUGAAUUACCGUGGACUAAUUGUUAUAAAGAUUUUGCCUCUUAUGUAAACAGUCUGGGUUUUAAAAUUUUAAUGGUUGUGUUGUGGCCCACCCUAGAAUUUCCACAUUUUGCCUUGCCCCAGGCUGAGGAACUUCUGUCCUGGAUGCCAUUGUACAUUCAACACCAGGUAAUUUAAAGAAACCUCUUUUGGUUUGGAAAAAUAGAUACGUAAACAUUGACCACAUAAGGCAUUCUACAGUACAAAUGAACAUACAAUAAAAAGUAAAGUUCUUGGUGGAGGUCGGCUUCCAGUGCCCUUGCCAGAGUUCCUCGCUGUUAUCUCUAUCUUGUGUAUCCUUUCAGAGCAAUUCUAUGCAUUUAUGAGUUUAUAAAUAUGUAUAUUUAUAUAUCUAUUUUUAAUACAAACAGUAGCAUUCUA